AUGCCAUCAUCAAUAUCUUUACCACAAAAUCCAUCGAACUUAUCGUUGUCUUAUUUAAAAUCAUUAAAAAAUGUAGAAGAUAUCCAGGAAUGCUUGCGAAUUUUGGAUUUAGAAGAAAAUCAAGUUGACGCUAAUUUAGAUGAAUUGUUGGAAAAAGGGUCACAGCUUGAAACUGAAUUGGAUAAGUUGAAAAUUCUCGGACCUCAAUUAGACACUCUUCUCUCUCAAGCUGCAAGUCUACUAAAUACAAUAAAUGCCACUUCAACCGUAGCAGAACGUAUAAGUGCUCAAGUCCGUCAACUAGAUCUUGAACAAUCCAGAGUUCAACAAUCAAUCAAAGAAGUUGAGGAUGUUCAAGAAUUAAAACAAUGUAUCACUGGCGUUCAUCAAGCUCUUUACAUGAAAGAUUAUGAAACUGCCGCUUCUUAUGUGAAUCGCGCUUUUCUUCUUGAUCCUGCUAUUUUGGAUGGUGAAUUCGCUGAUAUUGCCGUACCUUCAUCUGAGUAUCCAGAUGUACCAAAAAAGACGUUAAAGGAUGUUAAGGAAAGAUUGUAUUUGAUUUUUUCGAAAGAAUUCGAGGCUGCAGUACAGGCAAGAGAUGAAAAUGGGAUCAGUAGAUUUUUUAAAUUGUUUCCAUUGAUUAGUAAAGAGAUAGAAGGGUUGGAUAAAUAUUCAAAGUUUGUAUGUGGGAUUAUUUCAGGAAAGAGCCAUGCAAAUUUGGCGGAAAUUGCUGUUGAUCCGAAUUUUUAUGGAUAUGCGAUUCUCAAAUUAUUUGAAAAUAUUGCCACUAUAAUUGACCAACAUCAACCGGUGGUUGACGCUCAUUAUGGUCCAGGGAAAAUGAUCAGAGUCAUUGAGAGACUUCAAGAAGAAUGUGAUAAGCAGUGUCGAAUUAUUUUAGAUACUUUUCGUGAUGAAAGACAAAUCCAUCGAAAGGUUGCUGAUAUAAAAAUAUAUAAUACGUCGAAAAAACCUAUUGGCCCUCAACGUUCUGGACAACCCCGAGAAAUUGAUAAUGUACCCGAUCCUAGAGAAUUUGAUGUUGUAUUGACUGAGUUGGCAAUGAUUAGUGCAAGAACUCACUUGUAUUGUAGAUUUAUUGAAGCAAGAGCAAAUUCAGAAGUUGAAGCUACGAAAGCAAAUAGAGAAACUGAUGUCUCAUUAAUUGAAAAAGACGGCAAUGAUUAUGAUCCAACGAGUAUAAUGAGGAACAGUGAAUUGUCUAAACAAAUUAAAUCGUUGAUGGCCGAUUUUCUUGUCAUGGAGGAAUAUUUUUUUAGAAAAGCAAUUGAAAAAGCCAUGAUAAUUGAUGAUUACGAUGAAGGUAGCAUAACUUCAAGCUGUGUUGGCGAUGUUUUUUAUAUUCUCAAGGAAUGUCUUACUCGAGCACUGUCUACUUCUGAUUUUGAGUGUUUGACCUCUAUGGUUAAUCUUGUAAAUCAAAGUUUAGAAUUGGAUUAUAUUACAUUGUUUCAGAAAAGACUUGUAACAGCUUUUGCCACUCCUGAACCAAAAGAUGCCAAAACUGGUUAUAUGAUACUUUUAAAUAAUUUGGAUGUAAGUUGUGACUAUAUGCAACGACUCACGACGGAAUUAAUGACAUUACCUUCAAUUAGUGACGAUAACAAAGAAAAAGUACAGAAAUGCUUUAUACGGCUUAAUGACACUACGACAAACAAGUUUCAACAGAUUUUACAGAAUGGACUUGAGCAACUGUUUACACAAAUGGUAAAGCCAAGAAUUCGUCCAAUUUUGCAAGAAGCUUAUAAAGAUAUUAAAUAUGUUCUUAGCGAAGAUGAAUAUCAUGAGCAAGAAGCAAACGAUAGUUUUGCAAAACGUUUUGUAUCUGGAUUUGAUAUAUUAAUUCAAAUUUAUCAGUCAACGUUCUCAGAUAACAAUUAUAAUCAAUUAAUGAUGCAUAUAUUAGAAUCAGUUACUAAUAUGCUAGAAAAAACUGUUUUUGGUACAAAGUUCAAUCAGUAUGGUGCUCUCAGAUUUGAUAAAGAUUUGAGGGCUGUAAACAAUUAUUUCUCCACCAAAAUGCGAUGGGUAUUUAGAGAUAAAAUGACAAGAUUAAACCAAAUUUCAACAUUAUUGAAUUUGGAAAGUUUAUCAGAAAUUUAUGACUACUGGGGAAGUGCUACAAAGGCUACAAGCCCUAUUACUUGGAGGCUAACUGUUGCUGAAGCUAAGAAGAUUGUUGGAUUAAGAAUUGAUUUUAGUGCUGAAGAAGUUUCAAAGCUAAAGUUGUAA